AUGAUUGGUCCGUCACGGACCGGAGCAUACCAGCGACACCUACACCCCGAAGAUGGAACCCCCAUUCCUUGGGAUGGCGGAAUCCUGACACAGGGGUUUUUGAGAAGAUUGUUGACAACUCCUGGUACCGAGAUGACGGAACAGGAGCUGACCGAGGGCGAUGAGCUGUCGGUGACCUAUCCACCGCAGGAGCCCUUCCACAAGGGGGUCGUCGUCUGCGCGCCCCAACUCCCCUCCCCCUCGCACCACCUGCCCCUCCCCCAGAAGAAGAAGUUCUCCGACAUCACCUUCAUCGUCGGGGCACCGUCCGCCGCCAAGAAGUACACAGGAAACAGGGUGGUGCUGGCCAUGUCCAGCCCUGUCUUCGAGGCCAUGUUCCAAGGCGACACCUCGCCCGGAAAAAGCAGGGUCGUCAGGGUCACGGACAUUCACCCGUCAGGGUUCGAGAACCUGCUCAGGUACGCGUACAGCGACGGCCUGCGACUGCAGAGCAUCGAGGACGCCAUGAUGACUGCCUUCGCUGCCAAGAAGUACGCCCUGCCCCACCUGCUGGACCAGUGCCUCUCGUACCUGGAGUCGAACGUGUGCCCCAAGAACGUUUGCCAGAUCUACGAGUUCGCGCAGUCCGUGGAUGCGCCCCUGCUCGUCUUCCUCUGCCUCAACAUUGUGGAUCGGCAGACCUUCCACGUCCUCACCUCUCCCCACUUCACGAUGGUGCUACCCAGCACGGCGGAACUCGUCGCCUCCAGGCCGUACCUAAACUUGUACUCUGAGUUCACGGUGUACACGAGCCUGGUGGCAUGGGCUGAGGAGGAGUGUCAUCGGCGGAAGAUCUGCGCAGAUCCGGACAAUCUGCGCCACGUCCUGGAGCACCACUUGCCCUACGUGCGCUUCCUCGCCAUGAGCCCCGAGGAAUUCGCCAAAGGUCCGGCCAAGUCCGGCAUGCUGAGUGUCGACGAGUGUUUCAGCAUAUUCAUGAACCUCGCCAUCCCGGACUGCGUGGGGGUGCCCUGUGGGCUCUCCCGUGACUAUGCCAAAAGGGCCGCCCCGCCCGAGUAUUUCGUCUGCACCAGGUACAGGGGCCUGUCUUACUCCCCUCCGGGCCGGCCCCUGCGUGUGUUCGGGGCCCGAUUCUCAACGCUUGAGAAGAACGUGUUCCUGGUGGGCGCAGCCUUCCCCGUCAGGCUCGACAACAACUACUACGCCGUCCGGCAGCCCAAGUACACUGGCGUUGUCAGAAUCGCUAGGCGGACGCUGGACGGCAAGAUUGAGAGGCAAGAAUCUGAUGUGAGCUUCCAACUGUCCAAGGGAAAAGACACGACUUUUACGCUUCGGAAACCUUACUACAUAAGACGAGGUGAGAAAUACGAAGUCGAGUUGUCGGCUCACUCUCUCAUUUCGGAUGACGUCAUCGUACCCCUCCUCAGAAACAAGAAGAGGGAGGAUCAUGUGGAGGGAGUCACCUUCCAGUUCAUUCCCUUCACCAGGGUUAAGCUCUCGGCCAUUCUCGACAUAACAGAAUUCACGGAACUUCACUUCUACUGCUGA